CGUCGUAGGCGCUCCUAAGCUUUCUUCCCACCCGUGGCUCCUCCGCCCUCUCCGCCCCGUACGCCUCAUGGCCGCUCUUACUGAGUGAGCCGAUCCGGCGACCCCUGCCUCCCUCGGAGAGCAUCCCCCACCCCACCAGAUCAGCUCGCCGUCCGGCAUCCCCUUCCUCCUCCUCCUCCUCCUCCGGCAGUGGGCCGCACUGCCGUGGGCGCUGAGCGAAGGCCUCCGGUCGAUCCGUCCCGCGGAGCACCGAUCGCGCUUGGAAGGGGGCCAAUCGAGCAAGGAAUUAGCCUGGAGGUGGGGUGACAAGGGGAAGCAGAGGAACCAAGGCCACAAAAUGACUGUAAUAGAUUUCAUAGAUCUGAGUGAUCAUGAUAUUAUUGACUUGAGCAGCAGCGAUGACGAGACUGUUCAGGAGGAUCAUAUUGCAACUCAGCACCGGGCGGCGUCGCUUGAUAGGCAGACUAUGCAUGUCGUAGCUGGUGAAGGAAUCGAAGAUGUGCAGGCUGCGUUUGUUGCAGCUAGUGAAGGAAGGCAAGAUGUGCAGGCUGUGUUUGCUGCAGCUAGUGAAGGAAGACAAGAGGCUGCUGAUUGCGGACAUGCUUUGGAAGCCACCACAUCGUCCUUGGUUACAGAAAAAGAACCUCUUGUUGCAGCUAGUGAAGGAAGCCAAGAGGCUGCUGAUUGCGGACAUGCUUUGGAAGCCACCAUAUCGUCCUUGGUUACGGAAAAAGAACCUCUUCUUGCAGCUAGUGAAGGAAGCCAAGAUGUGCAGGUUGUGCUUGUUGCAGCUCGUGAAGGAAGCCAAGAUGUGCAGGCUGCUAGUGAAGGAAGCCAAGAUGUGAAGGUUGUGCUUGUUGCAGCUACUGAAGGAAGUCAAGAAGCUGCUGACUCUGGAAAUGGUUUGGAAGCUACAGCAUCGCCUUUGGUUACUGAAAAAGCACCUCUUGAUACGGCUGAAUCGCACAACUGUCCACUCUCUCCCACAUCAGCGCUGUUCCCCAGCCCGACUUCUACCGUUCUGAAGGCUCCGACCUUUGAAGGUGGCGAUGCAAAGCUGGUAAGAGGGAAGGUGAAGCGUCCCAGGAAGAACUACCACACCGGUACUCCUAGGACAAGUCCUAGGUUUGAACUGAAGCCUGAAUGUCGGAACGGGUCUCUGGAAGAGCUGCCAGCCGAGGCACUGACCUCUGAAGGUGGCGACGCGGAGCUGGUGAGAGAGAAGAUGCAACAUCCUGGGAAGGAUUACCAUACCGGCACUCAUGGGACAAGUCCUAGGUUUGAACCGAAGCGUGAAUGUCAUAACGGGCCUGUGAAAGAGCUGCCAGCCGAGGCUCUGACCUCUGAAGGUGGCGAUGUGGAGUUGGUGAGAGGGAAGGUGAAACGUCCUAAGAAGAACUGCCAUACCGGCACUCCUCGGACAAGUCCUAGGUUUGAACCAAAGCAUGAAUAUCAUAACGGGCCUGUGGAAGAGCUGCCAACCGAGGCACUGACCUCUGAAGUUGGCGACGCGGAGCUGGUGAGAGGGAAGCUGAAACAUCCUAGGAACAACUACCCUGCUGGCACUCCUAGGACAAGUCCUAGGUUUGAACCGAAGCCUGAAUGUCAUAACGGGUCUAUGGAAGAAAUGCCAGCCGAGGUUCUGACCUCUGAAGGUGGUGAUGCUGAGCUGGUGAGAGGGGAAGUGAAACAUUCUAGGAAGAACUACCAUACCGGCACUCCUCGGACAAGUCCUAGGUUUAAAACAAAGCGUGAAUGUCGUAACGGGUCUGUGGAAGAGCUGCCAGCUGAGGCUCUGACCUCUGAUGGUGCUGAUGCAGAGCUGGUGAGGGGGAAGGUGAAACAUGGUAGGAAGGAUUACCAUACUGGCACUCCUAGGACAAGUCCUAGGUUUCAACUGAAGCGUGAACGUCGCAAGGGGCCCGUGGAAGAACCGGCAGCCGAUCACAAGAGGUUCCGCACACUAGAAGAAUUAAUUGCCUCUCCUGACAAUGCAGAAUCUGCGAAGACCCCCUUUACCGACUCUCUGAACUAAGGUAGUUUACUGAAUAUGAUGCCCAUGAAACUUUCAAACUGUUGUUGCUCUAGAUUGUCUCAUGCAUGUUUACGGAACCACCAUUGUUGCAUUUGUAGUGUGGCUGGAGCUCACAAUUGCCCCAUGUAUCUCAGAAUUAGUAUUCCCAUUGCACCAAAUCCAUCUAAAUUGUAACUUGUGGCUGACUGUUGACUGCAAUACUUUUGAUGUUCGUGUGCAUUUCUGCGAUAUAAUGUCUGACACACUGCUUCUAGUUAAAA